GUAAAGUACAAAAAUGUGACCCUCUUCACUAUUCAAACAAGAAGAAUUAUAAAUUUUAAUCGUUUCAUUCAUAAUAAUAUCAUAUUCUCAAAUGAUGGUGAUUCUAUGCUUAGUACUACUAUUUACUGUUCAAGUAGUUUAUACAUUACCAGCUACAGAAAUUUCAACCACUACUACAAGUGGAAAUCAUUCUAGUGUUGACUGCAAAAUCUGUUUAUCUGCAUUCAGUGUUAUACGCUUUGCAAUAUCAGAUCCCUACUGGAAACAAGUCUAUAAAAUGACUUUAGCAGAGAUUUGUACACUUCUACCUCCUGGGUUAGUUAAAACUAUGUGUACUAUUAUGGGUCCGGUGUAUCUUCAGCAAGCAUUGACGUUGAUUAGUGAUGAAGUCCAACCGGAAUACCUGUGUCAGGGUCUGAAAAAAUGCAAACCAACUGGAAAGUUGUACUGGAAUCCAAAAUAAUCAGAAGGUCACUGGGGAAAAUGAGAAGCUGAAGUGAAGCUACAUAUCAGUUAAUAUAUGUAUUGUUUGACGAAGGGAUUUAAUGAUCUUUUAUCAAAAUAGUAAAUAGGAUUUUCUGAAAUUCAAAACUUU